UUACGCUAUCUGCAAACGCUUAGUGCGAUAUCUGCUGAGAAAAAUUCUACCAUCAUCUUUCCGCUACCGGUAGACCUUCUUACCUGCCUGACACGACAACGGUCGACCACCUCCUCAUCAGCUACGACCACCUCGUCUCAACAGUCGCAUCAUCACAGAAACCAUGCCCAGCAUCCGGAAAGUUCACAUCUACAGAGACAUACACACACCGCUUCACAGAAAGCUCACUUAGGGCAUACACAUCUUCCUUCUCGACAAUACUCACCUCCGAGGCAAGAGGUGGAGUCAAAUUAUCUAUAG